CGUGGCAUCAGUUUGUGGGCGCCUCUGGAGUUGCCUAUAAUACUGCUAUUGAGUGAGUAGCUGCCUCAGAAACGGUAAUAAAAGGGUGAUGCAAAUAAGACAGACGCUAUCUUCCGUCGACUCGCGUCGUGCGUGCAGGACUUUCUUUUUUAUUAGCGAUAUGGUGGGAAUGUGCAGCGCACCCCGUGCGGCGAGGAUCACAAGAGUCUCAGAGAAACUCCCUCGCUGACACUUUCGCUCUCCAUUCUUCUUAAGUCACCGCUUCUCGCCGGCUGCGGGGUCAGCGCACCGCAAAGGAACUGAACAACGAUCUGAUACGGGGUUUUUUUGGGCAACAUCUGCACCGGUGGUUUGGGGACAGGUGGUUCUUAUUUUCUGUUGUAUUUUGGUGUUUGGCGCAGGAUACUUUUUUUUGGCCGACGUACGCAAGACAUUCCGUGCAGCAUGGGUGCGAAAACGACGAUGCCACUCUUAUUUUUGGUCUCAGCUUCUCUCCUCUUAUGUAUCUGUGACUCGUCGGAGAUGCAAGUGAUUGACAUGUUGACGCUGGACGCUAAGCAGAGCGUGUCGGCGGUGGAGAAGGUGUCGGGGGCCAUGAACACGCUCAGCGACAUCUACAUCGUCUCCACCUUCCGUCUCCCGCCCAAACUGGGCGGAGUGCUGCUGGGCUUCUACGACAAGCAGGACAACAAGAAGUACCUGGAGCUGGCUAUCAUGGGCAAGAUCAGCAAGGCUCUGGUGCGGUAUGUACGGAGCGAUGGGAAGCUCCACACAGUCAGCCUGCAGAACGUGAACCUGAUCGAGGGCCAAUCGCAUUCGCUCAUCCUCCGGGUGGGCGGACUCCGCAGGGACAACCUCAACCUGGAGCUCUACUUCAACUGCCGAUUGGCCGACUCCAGCCAAGGCCUCCCCUCAUUGGUCCAGCUCCCAACGGACCCGGAGUCUGUUGACAUCCGCAACGGCUACAAAGCCUACGGCAGGUUACAGGGUGCUGUGGAAACUCUGAAGAUUGCUCUUGGCGGCUCGGUGGCUAAAGCAGGAGUUCUGACUGACUGUCCGUUCCAGGGAGACUCUCACAACACAUUGAAUGGUGAUGUGAACUCCAUACUGGGUGACCAUACGAAGGCCCUGAUUGGCCAGCUGAUCAUCUUCAACCAGAUCCUGGGGGAGCUGAGGCAGGACAUCAGAGAGCAGGUGAAAGAGAUGUCUCUGAUCAGAAACACCAUCCUGGAGUGCCAAGUGUGUGGGUUCCACGAGCCGCGCUCACGCUGCAUGCCCAGCCCCUGCUAUCACGGGGUGCACUGCAUGGAGACCUUCGACUACCCCGGGUACCGCUGCGGGCCCUGUCCCGAGGGCCUGGCGGGGAACGGCACACACUGCCGGGACAUCGAUGAGUGCUCCCUGGCCAUGCCCUGUUUCUCCCCGGCUGCGUGUGUGAACGUGCCCCAGGGCUUCACCUGUAAGCCGUGCCCCCCAGGGCUCACUGGCCACCCCCUCAGCGGGGUGGGAGUGGAGUAUGCCAAGAGUCACAAACAGGAGUGUAUGGACGUGGACGAGUGUGUCGAGGGCGCGUGUGUGCCCAACUCCGUGUGCAUCAACACUGUGGGCUCGUACAAGUGUGGCCAGUGUAAGGCGGGUUUCUACGGUAACCAGACGGCGGGCUGUUUCCCGUGGCGAUCCUGCGAUUCGCUGGGCUUCAACCCCUGCGACGUCAACGCGCACUGCGUCAUCGAGCGCAACGGCGAGGUCACCUGCAGGUGUAAUGUGGGUUGGGCAGGUAACGGGAACACCUGUGGACCUGACACUGAUAUCGAUGGAUACCCAGACCAGUCUCUGCCCUGCUCCAUCGACAACGACAAGCACUGCAAGCCGGAUAACUGCAUGAACACGCCCAACUCGGGCCAGGAGGACGCCGAUAACGACGGCAUUGGGGACCAGUGUGACGAAGACGCGGACGGGGACGGGAUCAAGAACGUGGAGGACAACUGCCGGCUGAUUCCCAACAAGGACCAGCAGAACUCGGACACGGACUCCUUCGGAGACUCCUGCGACAACUGUCCCAACGUUCCCAACAUCGACCAGCAGGACACGGAUGGCAACGGCGAGGGAGACGCCUGCGACAACGACAUCGACGGAGACGGAAUUCCAAACGUUCUGGACAACUGCCCCAAAGUGCCCAACCCCCUGCAGACUGACCGGGACGGGGACGGGGUGGGGGACGCCUGUGACAGCUGCCCCGAAGUCAGCAACCCCAUGCAGACAGACAUUGAUAAUGACCUUGUGGGUGACUUGUGUGACACCAACAACGACAUGGAUGGGGAUGGUCUCCAGGACACUCGGGACAACUGCCCCGACGUUCCCAACAGCUCCCAGCUGGACUCCGACAACGACGGGGUCGGCGAUGAGUGUGACGACGACGACGACAACGACGGGAUCCCGGACUAUGUCGGCCCCGGACCGGACAACUGCCGGCUCAUCGUCAACCCCAACCAGAAGGACUCCAACGGAAACGGCGUGGGCGACGUGUGCGAGGAGGACUUCGAUAACGAUAUGGUGAUGGACGUGGUGGACGUGUGUCCGGAGAGCGCUGAGGUCACGCUGACCGACUUCAGGGCCUACCAGACCAUCAUCCUGGACCCGGAGGGCGACGCCCAAAUCGAUCCCAACUGGGUGGUGCUCAACCAGGGGAUGGAGAUUGUGCAGACCAUGAACAGUGACCCUGGCCUGGCUGUAGGCUACACGGCCUUCAACGGGGUGGACUUCGAGGGCACGUUCCACAUCAACACGGUGACGGACGACGACUACGUGGGCUUCAUCUUCGGCUACCAAGACUCGUCCAGCUUCUACGUGGUGAUGUGGAAGCAGACGGAGCAGGCCUACUGGCAGUCCAUCCCCUUCCGGGCCGUGGCCCAGCCUGGCCUACAGCUCAAGGCGGUGAAGUCGCGGACGGGCCCCGGCGAGUUCCUGCGGAACGCCCUGUGGAACACGGGGGACACGCCCGGCGAGGUGAAGCUCCUGUGGAAGGACCCCAGGAACGUGGGCUGGAGGGACAAGACCUCCUACCGCUGGCAGCUCCUCCACCGGCCCCAGGUGGGCUACAUCAGGGUGAAGCUGUUCGAGGGCCCGACAUUGGUCGCCGACUCGGGGGUGGUGUUUGACACCACCAUGAGGGGCGGGAGGCUGGGCGUGUUCUGCUUCUCCCAGGAGGCCAUCAUCUGGUCCAACUUGCGCUAUCGCUGCAACGACACCGUUCCUGAAGACUUUGACCGCAGGAAGGCUAUGAUGGACCUGAAGGUGUAACAAGAGGGGCAGGGGAGAGGUGGCUGCAGUUUGCGUCUCUGCCUAAAAGUGUGUGUGUGUGUGUGUGUGUGUGUGUGUGUGUGUGUGUGUAUUUGUGUGUGUGUGUGUGUGUGUGGAAUGUGUGUGUGUUCGCAUGUGUGCAUGUGUGUGUGUGGGGAGUGGGAAGAACCAUUGUUUAGCAAAGGGAGAGGACUCGCUCCCAUAUACCACCUCUGUCCCUUUUACAUGUAAUGGAGGAGACGGAGGAAGAAGCCAGAGAGCUGACUAUAAGCUUUUAUUCAAAAUGGCCGACAAGAGGCUGCAUAGCUACUAGACGAGUAGUGCAGUCUUUGUCCCCAUAUCACUCUGUGGGAAUGGUGUGUGUGCUCGUGUGUGUCUGUGUGUACAUGUGAGUGUGUGUGUGUGUCAGUGCGUGCGUGCGUGUGUGUGUGUGUGUGUGUGUGUGUUAGCGUGCGUGGGUGCGUGUCAGUCUCUCUUGAAGUCACAGGCACAGCUAUACAUUCAAGGGAAACUGUCUGUUCACUAAAGGUGCUGCCCUUUCCUGUUGGGCUGUCUUUGUCACGUCAGACCUUCAAACAUACUUAAAAUAAAUAGAAUUGAUAAUAAGGGAGUUAUGCUAAAAACAAGUAACUUGACUGAAGGCACAUAGUAUAGUCAAGAUUGGAGUCCUAAUUUAAUGCAUUAGUUCAGGUUUCUGGUACUUAUUCUGGUACCGAACGUUGGGAUUCUGUCUGUCAGAAAUGUGACGCUCUGUGAAAGGUGUAAUUUAGGACUUAUAAGGCAACAACCAAAGAUGUGUGCUCUGAUAUAUGUGUGUUGUAAAAGCACAGCGUCAGAUAAAUAUACAACCCAAUCCGUCCCUGGGACUGUGUGUAUUUCUUUUCUUUUUUUAUAUAAAUAUAUAUGAAUUUGGGUGUACAUGCAUUCUUGAGUAUACACUACAGGCUUGUGAGUCAUCGGCCGGUGAUUAAAUAUGAAAUAAAGAAGCCGCAACCAA